CUCGCUCUCUUUCUAAACUGCAAAACCCCUUUCUCUAUCCUGGAAACAGGAUCCCUCCCUUCCUUUCUUUCUCUUCUUACAAUCUCUGCCCAGGUCUGGCCAUCACCAAACCAAUUCACAACCAUCAAUUCAUAGCUAAUCUUUUAUUUCACGAAAUCCCUUUUUCUUUUUCCAUUAUCUCACUUGUGUAUGACAUUUCCGGAGGUUCAGACAUUGCCGGCUGUUUUCUGGAGCAGGGGAGAAGUGAAGGAUAUAUGUGAGAUUUAUCUUCAUUUCUUCACACACAUUGGGUGUUCGUAUGUAGUGCGAGAAGAACGGUGGAGUGGGUUUCGGAUAUGUCUCAUUCCAGGAAGGGAUCCAUUGAUGGGUUGGGGGAUCUGCUCAAGAAUUCGCUGAAGUGCGAUGAACCGGAAGUUGACAAGCCCGAUUUUAGGGAGAUAGAUCUGGGCUCUCCGUUAUCGCCUUUGCUUUUUAGCCGGAGAGGAACUACAUCCACCGCCACCACCACAAGUAGUAGUUCUAGCUCGUCCGGGUCAGUGUCCGGUCGAAAUGGGCAGAACCUAGUUCCAAAGAGGUCAGAUUUAAGCCACUCAGGUGAGUUGUCUGGCUCGGUGGAUAGUUCACCCAGGGCUCGUGUAUCCAAGCCGGUGCAUACGAGGUCUAAAUCUGUAGCUACCCACCCGCUAAUUUAUUCCGGCGGGAAUUCCUCAAUCUCUCCAGCUGUAAGAACUCUCCCAGCAGGUAACAUCUGCCCAUCUGGCAAGGUUCUGACAACGGGCAUGGCCACCAGGGACACUAAGACUGAUGUUUUGGGCUCUGGGACAGGGAAUUACGGCCAUGGGAGCAUAAUGCGGGGAGGUGGAACGCACAAGUCCACCAUUGCUGGUGGCUGUAGGGAUAGCAGUGCCGGCCUAGCCACAAAUCCUAGAGGAUUGAUGACUGGAGAGGGAAUGAAGGGCGGAACGCCCCGCAGUGAUCCGGAGGAGUUCAGGUAUUUGGGGAAUGAGCACUAUAAGAAGGGUAAUCAUGCCAAAGCUUUGAAUCAAUAUAACAAGGCCAUUGCGGUUUCACCUGGAAAUGCUGCCUACCAUUGCAACCGGGCUGCUGCAUUGAUUGCUGUAAAGCGAAUAGAUGAUGCAUUGAGUGAAUGUGAGGAAGCUAUUAGGCUGGAUCCAAGUUAUGUCCGAGCCCACCAUCGGUUAGGAUCUUUGUUUCUUAGUUUAGGGCAGGUUGAGAAUGCGAGACCACACGUUUGUUUUCCAGGGCACCAGCCAGAUCAUAUAGUCAUGACAAAGUUGGAGAGGGUGGAGAAACAUAUAUGGAAAUGCAGUGAUGCCAGGAGACUGAGAGAUUGGAGGGGUAUGUUGAGAGAAGCUGAUGCUGCAAUUGCGUCCGGUGCUGAUGCAUCUCCUCAGCUAUUUUCUUGUAGAGCAGAGUCACUUUUGAAGCUUUCCCAAUUAGAUGAUGCUUCGUCAAGCCUAUCAAAAGUUCCUCAAAUGAAGUUUUUACCAACCACCUCUUCCUCCUACUCGUCAAAGUUUUUUGAAAUGCUUUCUGAGGCAUAUCUAUACUUCGUACGUGCUCAGGUUGAGUUGGCCCUUGGAAGGUUUGAAAAUGCACUUAAAGCCAUCGAAACAGCUCGGGAAAUUGAUCCUAAGAACAUUGAAAUUUCACUUCUACUCAGCAACGUGCGUUUGGUUAGCCAAGCUCGUAUCCGUGGCAAUGACCUUUUCAAAUCUCAAAGGUAUACUGGGGCUUGUGCAGCAUAUGGUGACGGUCUCAGGCUUGAUCCUUCAAACUCUGUUCUCUACUGCAAUAGAGCUGCAUGCUGGUACAAGUUGGGCCAGUGGGAUAGAUCUGUCAGCGACUGCAAUCAAGCCCUCCGUAUCCAGCCUAAUUAUACUAAAGCCCUUCUUCGCAGGGCUGCCUCAAACAUGAAGCUUCAGCUGUGGGUCGAAGCGGUAAGAGAUUAUGAAGUCCUGAAGAGGGAACUUCCACAUGAUACUGAAGUUGCUGAGUCUUUGUUUCAUGCUCAAGUUGCACUUAAGAAAUCAACUGGGGAAGAGGUUUGUAAUUUGAAAUUUGGUGGAGAGGUUGAAAUUGUUUCAAGCCUUGAACAGUUUCGAGCUGCAAUAUUGUCCCCUGAGGCAUCGGUAGUCCACUUCAAAUCAGCUUCCAGUGUACAAUGCUGGCAAAUAUCUGCGUUCUUAGAUGCAUUGUGUAGCAAAUAUCCAUCCAUAAAUUUUAUCAAGGUUGAUGUGGAAGACUGCGGGGUAAUUGCUAAUGCGGAGAAUGUUAGAACGGUACCAACAUUCAAAAUUUACAAGAAUGGUAAGCAGAUGAAGGAAAUGGUCAGCCCAAGUCCCGAAGAGUUGGAGUCUUCGGUGAGGCAUUACAGUAUUUAAGACAGCUCGAUCCCACAUGAAAUUUCUGGUUCGUCGAUGAAUGUAUUUCCUGAUGCGAGCCGCCCCCAGUCCCAGCUGGCUACCAGCAUGGCAUCAUCAGACAUGGGAAAUCUCUGUGUUGUUGUUACCUAUGACCCCAAAUUAUAAACAGAUCAUCCACCACCACCCUAUAGCUACUAGCUAUACUAUUAUCUCCCACCAUAAUGACAGUGGAAUUGACAGAUAGAUUCCCUCCCCCUCUCCCACAUUAAUUUAUUCAUUCCUCAGUGGCCGUAGAGGAAGUUCCUCUGCCGCCGUUGUUUGUCGCCUUCAUUUUUGACCUCAAGUUUCUACCCCGUCCCUUCUCGAUAUGAUCUCAAUCUUCACUUGUAAGGAGAGAGUGAGUGGAAUAAGUGAAAUGUAUGUACAUUUGAUUUUUUUUUAAAAAAUUAUUUUGAAGAUGGUCCCUUGAGCUGAAGUGUUGAACACUAAUGGGAGACUUGAAGAGAUGGAUAAGGAUCGAAGCAUGCACUGUAUAUAUCACUGACAUGAUAAUGUACUACGGGUAAUGAUUGGAGGGGGGCCACAGUGGGAUUCCGUUUCUCCAUCAUCGGUUCAGUUCUUCGAUAUGCAGUGAGAUUUCAUGUAUGGAGUUGAGAAUAUGAGUGACUUCACAUUGUCAAUUUAGGCAAUUCUUUGUUCUAAUAAAAUUCCUUCAAUAAAAUUCUCCUUUUUUC